AUGACUGAUACUCAAUCUCUACUCUUCAAUUUGAACGUUCAAGAAUCAAAUUCAAAUGUUCAAUUGACGAGCCACAUCGAAGAAGCCCCAGCAGCACCGCGAGACAGUGACAUGGCCCUCCAGUUGACCUCCGUCAACGAACAGACAGCAGAGCUUCUCAAGACAACGGACCAUGUUCUUAUUCAACUCAACGAAGCAAAGCGCCUCCGAAAGCUAAAUGAUCCCAGUCUCGAUUCCAGUGAGCGAGAGUGGAUUGACUGUAUUAUUAAAGAUACCGCGGAUGCCGCCCAUGAUAUUGCGGUAAUUCUCGAGCCCGCUCGUAUUGACAGAGUAACGGGCAAUGGCAAACUCGGCCUGGGAAGACAACUACGAUGGUUGUACCGUGAUAAGCAACGGGCCCAAGAUAAAAAGAAUCGACUUUUGAUUUGCUAUCAGAGUCUUAUGAUGGUUCUCGGUCAUCUUCAGCGGGUAACUCUGCCAAUGGAGAUGACCAGAACUGGAUUGGUUCAUGAGCUUGGGGCCGAAGUGCCCUCAAUGUUUAUACAUGAUUCGAUCGAUCGUCAACGAUCUAAAUCGGGCAUUUGUGAAGUUACAGAUGAACCAGCCAGCCCAGCCAGUCCAAAUGAUGAGCUGCGGGACAUGUUGACAUGGCGUCGGUCAAAGGGAGUACAGGCGUAA